AUUAGUUUCUAACCUAGUAUCUUAGCACGUUAGCAGUGUUAAUAGCACUUAAGUUAACUACAACCAUAGUUGCCUAGUAACUUUCAGGGCUAAUGGCUAAUAACUACCCAUCAGCCGUGCGCCGAGGACGUCGCAACGUUCUUCUUCCAAGCAUUCAACUAUACCGUCUUGCUACACUACACUCUCUUACGACCACAUGCAGACUUAGAUGUAAUCUAAUUCCGUGUCGUGUUCCAGCACAGUACGCCUUGUCCUUUCGAUUCAAUUGAAAUCCUUAAUUCGCCGAACCCUGGCACCUAUACGAAGUACUUGACGCCUUAUUUUCCAUUGACGUCUAUUUGGUCUAGUGCUAGAAUCUUUUUAUUCUUCCAGUUUUAUUUUUCAACGCAACGGUUCGCAGCUCCGACUAGAUCCUUCAAGACACCUGCUUUAUUUUCCACGCAUAUUUUUUUUCCGACUUCUUUCAUUCACGAAAGCAACCCGAUCCUCGAUUCGGCUCUACAUACGACCCUUACACACGGCACAUCAGGUUCAGGUUGGCGGUUGGGUUAGCGGCGCCUUAUAGCUCGCUGGGUACCUCUUAGGGUAGCUCGAGCUUUCCUCAUGAAGCGGUUCGGUUGGGGAACGCGGUCCUGCCUUAGUCGACGGUAACCAAGUCGAAACCGAGAAAAAUAUGUCGUCCAACAAUUCGGACAUUCGAUCGCUCGAGCGAAUCAUAUCCACCCUGCUGAAUAAACAAUUACAGCAGAUCUGUUCGUCCCAUGGGUUAAGAACAAGUGGGGUCAAGGCAGACUUGCAAAAUCGCAUCAAGGGUGCCUUGCACGAGAAUUAUUCAUCCGACCCUCCUCGCUUCAACGCGAUCCGGACUACGAUACAGAAAAUCCGUGGAGGAACUCCCGGUCAACCAAGUAUGCCACCACCGUCGAGUUCGGGUGCACUAUCAUCUCAAGAGGGUCGCAAUGGAUAUUACAACUCGUACCCAUACCACCAAGCUGGCUCCAGUUUGCCGCCGCCAAAUCCAGGUCUAGGUAAUGGCACGGCAGUUGGUGGCGGUGCUUAUGCGGGUGCCAGAGCACCACUUUCCGAUAACCUAUUCAAGAACACUCCGUUUUACACUAUCGAGACCAGGAUAGGUCCCCUUCAUACCUGCCCAGUGAUGAAUAACCAUCGAAACUCAAUAACCAUCAACUUGAAGGCCAGUGAACACGCAGAUCUUUCGCGCUGCCUUACCCAGCCGAAUACCAAACUCAUGGUAUUCUGCGGAAGCGAUAGCAUCGGACCCCAGGAUGUUCAGUUCCCGCAUCAAUCUGAGAUCAAGGUUAAUGGUGAAGACAUCAAGCAUAACUUGCGGGGUCUUAAAAAUAAGCCAGGAUCGACUCACCCGGUGGACAUCACCGGUUUCUUGCGACUGAAGCAAGCUAACUACGGAAACACUAUCGAAUUCACAUACGCUCUGACGAAUAAGAAGUUUUAUUUGGCCUUGUAUUUGUGUCAGACGCACCCGAUCGAUGAGCUCGUUACGAAGAUCAAGGGAAAGAAGAUUUCCAAGGCAUCUGUAAUUCGAGAUAUUACCAAAAAGGCUAACGACCCGGACAUUGAGGCAACGUCCCAGGUUUUAUCUCUGAAGUGCCCUUUGAGCUGUACGAGAAUGAUGGUUCCGUGCCGGGGAGCAUUAUGCACCCACAUUCAAUGCUUUGAUGCGGGCUACUUUAUGCAGCUCCAAGUGCAAGGAGCAACGUGGAACUGUCCAGUAUGUUACAAAACUGCUUUUUUCGACGCAUUGGCAGUCGACGAGUAUGUUCAGGAAGUCCUGCAAAAUACAUCUGAGUCGGUGGAGCAGGUCACCAUUGAUAAGAAUGGCCAAUGGAGCACGCAGAAAGAGAAGGAGACGCCCGAACCGCGACAACGAUCACAACGAUCACGACCCAGCCCAGACAGCAAAGUGGAGGAGGAUGAUGAUCUUUCGAUCCUUUCUGAUACUCUCAAAAUCAGCAACGGUAACUUCAGCGGGUUGCAUGGCGGACCCAACUCCAUGAGCACACCAAGCCGAUCAUUUGUUGGUAGUGGAACACCCAACGGCGGCCCUUCGACAACGACGAGUACGCAAAGGUCAGGAAGCAACAACAAGCGGCCGGCAGAGGUCAUCGACCUCACGCUCAGUAGUGACGAGGAUGACGAACCUAUUGUCCGCCCCCCGAAACGCCAAUACCCAGGACCGUCUUCAAACGGCCUAAAUUUUCCUCCUUUCAACAAUGGAAACUAUUAGAAUAUUCGGUCUCUGUCAUGACAAAUUACACAGCAUGACAGAAAUAUUACAAAACCUAAUUAUGAGGUUCCUACGGAAAAUUGUAGGAGACUUCUCGAAGACUAAAAACCUGAUUUGCUCUCAGACAUAGGGUGAUUUAGGAACCGAGAUCCCCACGACCCCUUCUAUAACGAACGUUACGAUAUUCUAUGUAGAAUUGGGAGGCUGGAGGAAUCUAGUAGUACUGUAGGGUCCUCCCGCUUCCGCGGCCCUUACUUCUUUGUACAUAAAAACGCGAGGGUGUGAUUGUGUUAGCAAAGGUAUGGUUGCAGAUAUGACGAGGUCAAGGGAUGUCGGAUUGAGCAGCCAUUGGCGUUAAGAGGGAGGGAAAUACCUAUUGCUUUCUAGGAAGCAUAAAAGUGACAGGAUUUGUGACCGAGAAGACGGUCGGGGUUUGAGAAGCCCAUUUUUCCUGGCUGGUUUCUACUUACGUAGUUCAGUCCUUGAAACUGAAACGAUGCUGAAUUAAAAGGAUAUUUAGCUGACUCGUACUCUUUCUUUGCUCA